AGUGCCGUCUCUUUCUGAUUCUUUCUUUUAAUUUUCGCAUGUGAUUUUCGAGGUUAUAACCUAGAAACUCAACAUGCCGCGAGAAAUCAAUGAAAUCAAGGACUUCCUCCUUAAAGCGAGAAGGAAGGACGCUAAAUCUGUUAAAAUAAAGAAGAAUGCUGAGAAUGUUAAAUUCAAGGUUCGCUGUUCGCGAUUCUUGUAUACGUUAGUCAUCACUGACAAAGAAAAGGCGGAGAAACUAAAGCAGUCUCUUCCACCAGGUCUCCAAGUCAAAGAAGUGACUAAGAGUAAACGCACUUGAAUAUAAACAUAAAAAAACUUUUUUUUACAAAUCGAUAUCUUUGUAAUUAAUUAUGAUUGAAAAAAUGUCAACUUUAAUUGAUGAUAAAUAAAUAAUUUAUCAUCUCAUGUUUAAAUAAAAGGAUACCGAAACCUA